AAAGUAAAUGCACAUGCGUGACGGAUACAAGCGAUCCUUAUCCAAUAUUUCCACUAACAAAUUCAAAUGCUUUGUUGAUUCAAUUUUCCCCUCCUAAAAGGAGAUACUCCCACUAUGAGGCCCAAUCUGACAUUUUUACGUUAUCGCUUAUCUUCAAUUUGCUGCUGGUACGCGUAAGUUGAACAAGUGAAUUCGAAUAGUUACGUACUCGAGUAAUGCAGUAUUAAUAACAAUCGAAUAAGCUGGGAAAAAUGGCAACGAUAGUGCCCACUGUGAAUGAAAUAAAAUUGAAAGCUUUAGAAGCAUUCGUAAAAAAAUUUGGAGAAAAUGCAAAUAUUUGUGUUUGUGCACCAGGUCGUGUAAAUUUAAUUGGAGAGCAUACCGAUUACAAUGAAGGCUUUGUGUUACCAAUGGCAUUACCCAUGGUUACAAUCAUAGUUGGAAAACUUAGUAAUGAUACAAAAACUAGGAUUGUUUCUCUUAACGAGACAGUUAAGUAUGAGAAUGAAGUUGAAUUUGAAGCUGACAUUCGUGAAAACAUUAAACCAGAGAAAACACAAUGGGCUAAUUACAUAAAAGGAUGUAUAGCACAUUUUGUGUGUGAUGUACCAUCUUUCAAUGCAGUGAUUGUAUCAUCUGUACCUGUUGGUGCUGGACUUAGUAGCUCAGCUGCUUUAGAAGUUGCCACUUAUACAUUUUUGGAAGCACUAACUAAUAUACAAUCAAAAACACCAGUGGAUAAAGCAUUAGCAUGUCAACGUGCAGAACAUGAUUUUGCUGGAGUUCCAUGUGGUAUUAUGGAUCAGUUUAUUUCUGUAAUGGGGAAAGAAGGUUGUGCUCUACUUCUUGAUUGCAAAACCUUGGACAUUAAGCAAAUUCCUAUAUCACAAAUUAAUGACUAUGUGUUUCUCAUUACUAAUUCAAAUGUUCCUCAUAAAUUAAGUUCAAGUGCAUAUUGUGAACGUAGAGAUAAUUGUUACAAAGCUGCUGAAAUGUUAAACAAAAAGAGUUUACGAGAAGCAUCUCUAAACGAUAUUCGAGUAUUGGAAUCACAAAAAGUGCCUGAUCUAUUGAUAAGAAGAGCUCGUCAUGUGAUCACGGAAAUUCAAAGAACAGUUGAUGCUGCAGCUGCUCUUGAAAAAGGAGAUCUAAAACUAUUUGGACGAUUAAUGAACGAAAGCCAUGAUUCAUUGAAAAACGAUUAUAAUGUUUCUUCUAUUGAACUAGAUACAUUGGUAUCAGCAGCAAGAGAAGUAAGAGGUGUUUUGGGAAGUCGUUUAACUGGUGCUGGUUUUGGAGGUUGCACAGUAACCUUAUUAGAAAAGGAUGUUAUUGACCAAACAAUUAAGCAUAUAAGAGCGAAUUAUUCAGGAAAUGCAACAUUCUAUAUAGCAAGUCCUUCCAUGGGUGCAAGAAUAUUAGGUAUAAAUUAAACAAAUUAAAAAGUCAAUUUAUAUUUUAAAUACUUAUCAGAAAAUUUGAAAUUUAUUUUUAUAAAUGUAAGUUCUUUAACUUUAAAAAAAAUAUGAUUUUAUAUAGAUGUCUAUAUAAUAAUAUAAUAUUAAUCAGAUUACAAUUUGUAUAUUGUAUAUUGAUUCAAAAUUCAAGUAAGUACGUUUCGGUGUUGAAGUAUUUUCUGAAAUAACGUGUAUCAUAUUCACACAUUCAUUCAUAUAUACAUCUUAUGUCUUAUUUUAUUUACAUUAAAUGAAUUUCUCCUGCAUGAUUGUAGUCUCACAGUAUUGCUCCUAGAUUUUCAUACAUGUUUAAUAUUAAAUCAUACCACCAGUCUAAUAGUUUAACUUAAGGGCUAGUCGAUCAUCAUAUGAAUUCUGCGUUUAUUUACAAAAUUAUUUGUUAUUUAAAAAGAUUUACUAUUACUAAAAAUACAUUGCUUUUCUUUA